AUUCGUUUCCCUUUGCGCCCAGUUCUCCAUCUCGCAUCGGAGUCUCUGUGCGAUCCUUUCAACCCCGUCAUCCAAGUGUCUUGUCGCCUUCCGUGCGACCACAAUCGAAGAUGGCGUCGACUGACUUUAAGGCAAAGCAGGAGAGACUGCCCGUGACGGUCUCCAAGCCCACUCCAUACACAUUUGAUCUCGGCCACCUGCUUGCGAACGAUCCCAACCCGCUCGAGAUCUCCCGCUCGGAACCGCUGGACGUCUCUCUAAAGGCCGCAGCCCGGGAUGGCACUCAGUCUCUCCUCAACCAGCUUUUGACCACCUGCCCGAUCAGCUCCUCCCAGCAGGGAGUCCUUCUGUCCCUCCCCUCCCCGGCCACCGUGCUCCCCCGCCACAAGCCUUUGCCUACUCCCAAGCCGCCGACCAAGUGGGAGCUGUUCGCCCGCAAGAAGGGUAUUGGCAAAUUUAGCAGCAAGCCCGGUGCUGCAUUGGCCGACAAGGAGCGCCGCAAGAAGUUGGUCUACGAUGAGGAGAAGGGCGAGUGGGUGCCUCGCUGGGGCUACAAGGGAAAGAACAAGUCGGAUGAUGAUUGGCUGGUUGAGGUGAACGAGAAGGAUUGGAAGAAGGAGGAGGAGGCGGCAGCGAAGGGAAGCUCGAUUCGUGGAAUAUCGCGUGCCGAACGCAAGGACAGGAUACGCCGUAACGAGCGGAAAAUGAGAUCCAAUGAGCGCAAGACUCGGAAGUCUGGUGGUGGAUAAAGGGUGUCGUGUGUGUCUGAUAACGAUUCGACAAGUCGAUGAGGUUGUAACAUUUUUCAAUCUUGCCUCGUUUUCGUUCUUUCACUGGGGCUUAUCAGGGCGUUUGGUUUGGAGUCGCUGGUCUUGGAUGUCAACGCUGCCCGAUUGGACCAUUGUCUCCCGGGCUCAAAAAGCAAUAUCACAAUUUACUACCCCUAUUUUCUUUUUCAUAGCUUUAUUUGUUCCCGUUUGCAUGAGGUCCACAACCGGGGGCUGAGUUCUGACCUUGCAUGUACUAGAUAGUCCACGGUGUCCUGUAGAACGCGACAAAUAGAUCAUUCAGUCUUUCGAAGUUUCAAUUCGAUGCAUGGCCAGUCG